UGCCAAACUUGAUCACUUCCACCUGCCUGGGCCAGUAGUUUAUUUUCUGUUUUACUGGCUGUUCGUCCUGAAUAAGAGGCAUCCAGAGGCGCCCUCGGAAUUCCCAGUUCCACCGCCAUCCCCUCCACGGGUUGGCAGCUCGGGUGGUGGUGGCGAUAAACCCAAGGACAAAUGGAGCAAUUUCGACCCAACCGGGCUUGAGCGAGCGGCCCAGGCGGUAAAGAAGCUCGACAAGUCUCGUCAUGCCAAAGAGGCCCUGGAUCUGGCUCGCAUGCAGGAGCAGUCUGUUCAGAUGGAACACCAGACCAAAAUCAAGGAGUAUGAGGCAGCAGUGGAGCAGCUGAAGGGGGAUCAGCUGCGUAUUCAAGGGGAGGAGAGAAGGAAAACUGUCUGCGAGGAGACCAAGCAGCAUCAAACGAGAGCACAGUUCCAAGACAGACUUGCCAGACAGAGGUAUGAGGAUCAACUCAAGCAACAGCAAGCCCUGAAUGAGGACAACAUUUGCAAACAGGAGGACUCUGUGCUUAAACAGGAGGCUAUGAGGAAAGCAACAAUCGAGCACGAGAUGCAGCUGAGGCACAAGAAUGAGCUGCUAUGUGUAGAGGCAGAGUCUAAAGCAUGUGCACGUGUUGAACGGGAAAACGCAGACCUCAUCCGCGAGCAGAUCCGCUUGAAGGCAGCAGAGCACACUGUACUAGAGACUAUACGGACUGCAGGUGCUGUGUUUGGGGAAGGAUUCCAGGCCUUUGUGUCAGACUGGGAUAAAGUCACAGCUACUGUCGCAGGACUGACCCUGCUGGCUUUGGGUGUAUAUUCUGCCCGGAACACCACAGCUGUGGCAGGGGGCUACAUUGAGGCCCGGCUCGGGAAGCCCUCAUUGGUCAGAGAGACGUCUCGCAUCACUGUGGCGGAGGCGAUCAAGCACCCCAUCAAGAUUUCAAAGCGCCUGACAAGCAAACCUCAGGAUGCCCUGGAGGGAGUAGUGCUCAGUCCUAACUUAGAAGAGCGUGUACGUGACAUCGCCAUAGCAACUAGGAACACACGGCAGAACAAUGGGCUCUACAUGAACAUCCUCAUGUACGGCCCCCCAGGUACUGGAAAGACCCUCUUCGCUAAGAAGCUAGCCGUGCACUCUGGGAUGGACUAUGCCAUCAUGACGGGUGGAGAUGUGGCGCCCCUGGGCCGUGAGGGCGUCACCGCCAUGCACAAAGUCUUUGACUCUGCCAACACCAGUCGCCGUGGCCUGUUGCUGUUUGUUGAUGAAGCCGAUGCAUUCCUUCGCAAGAGAUCUACUGAGAAGAUGAGUGAAGAGCUCAGAGCAACUUUGAACAGAUUCCUGUACCGCACUGGUGAGCAGAGCAACAAGUUCAUGAUGGUGCUGGCUAGUAUCCAGCCGAAGCAGUUUGACUGGGCCAUCAACGACCGCAUUGAUGAGAUAGUCAACUUUGUCCAUGAGAGGCUAGUGCGCCUGUACUUUGACAGGUACGUGCUUGAGCCUGCCACAGAGGGGAGACAGAGAAUGAAGCUGGCUCAAUUUGCCUAUGGUCAGAAGUGCUCGGACAGCUCAGAGGGCAUGUCGGGCAGAGAGAUCUCUAAACUGGGCGUGGCCUGGCAGGUGGCAGCAUACUCCUCAGAGGAUGGUGUUCUAACGGAGGCCAUGAUUGAUGCUCGGGUGGAUGACGCUGUGCGGCAGCACCUCCAGAAGAUGGACUGGCUGCACGGGGAGGCUGGGGCCAAGAGCACAGCCUCUCCCAGCACUGGACCAGUAGACAGCAGCAAUAUAUGCUCUACUUCUAUGGGAGCCACCACAGCCUCAUGAGUACUCAACCCGGUCCUGGAGAUGGACAGCAGACCGCAGACCCCUGUCAAUUGGGAGGAGCUGAAAUUGGAGGUGCCUCUACCUGCAGAAUCAGCCCCACCUUCCUCAGACAGUACCACCCUGCCUGCGGAGGAGGGGACUUUCCCGGCCAAAGGGGAGAGUGUCAAAGCAGUGGUAACACCUCAGGGGGAGGGGUAGAGUGUGUAGCCCAAUCUGAUGCAGCCGUGAGGGUGGGACAGAAACUCCUCCCAAGGAUGGGACUCCAGUUUGACAUUUGGGGGGGAAGGAAGGAAGGGGGCUGCUUUUUGGGAUUAAUGGGUUUACAGGAGGACGCCUCCUGUUCCUCCUGACUGUCUGUAUAAGUCUGUCUGACUGAAAGAGAUGGGGGACGGGAUGGAGGCACUAACAGUUCAUGAAGCAAUCCUGGAGAGGUUGGAGAGCUGUGAUAAUAUAUUAUUUGUAUAAAAAGUGUACUUUAUAUGGAAACACUGUCUAAUAAUAUUAAUGUUGAUGUGGACUGUAAGAGAUGAUACGCUAUUAUUCAGAUGGUGUGGAUGAAAAUAAUCCAGGUUUCUUACAAUGGCUGCACUUAUGAUAUGAAUUGUAAUGGGAUGGUUUCAUAGACUUAAACAAUGUGACCAACAGAUGGUGAUUAACUAUAUCUUCAACCUGUGUAAUGACACACCAGGACUCUGUCACUGUUAACCUCCAGUGGUCCGUUUUAAUGAAACAAACAUUUAAUUUUUACAACACCGAUGUCUGCACAGAGAGACGGGGGUGGUCUAGGGAGGAUGGGGAGUUGAAGUGAAAGGGUGCUACAUCCCACUCCCUAGAGACUAAUUCAUAAGGGAGGAACACUCAGGAUCCCAAUGGGUCACAGUCCUCAUACAGUAUCACUCUUCAAUGCCAUAACAAGAGCAUUUUGCACCUGUAUGAGUUAAUACACCACAGGCAGUCCCUUUCACAGCUACUAUUAUGGAGGCACUCUACAUCUGGCUGUUCAGUGUGAAGUAUUUUGUCAACUAUAAAGAGUUCCUGAGUUUAA